UUGCCAGUUUAAGUUUAGUAUUCCAACCAUAAACAUCGUUUCUGAUAAAAUAUGGGCACGGUAAUUUUGCUAAUUGUGGCUUCGUUCGUUCUCGCACAAUCAUCCCCAAUUUCGCAUAAACUGAAAUACAAUCAGAGUCAAGAGGGAGUAUGGAAUAUUCGGGCAGAUUUGGAAAAUUUCUUAAUUUUCAUUAUUCCGACGUCGCGUGGAUCUGGCGCACAUCACAACGCGAGUUUGCUGGAUUUCCUUUCGAAAACGGUCCCGAUGUCGAGGCACAGGAAUCGACACGAAAAUACGGCGACCGAGGAUCCGAACAAGUCAGUGGAAACGGAACAGUUUAUUGAAUCGAAAACGGCACCCUAUCACGUUGACAUCAGUCAAGCGCGAAGACAUUUGGCGAAAUUACAUCCAGAAUUAAAUGUUAAGGAUGACGUGAUACAAUCGGGGAGCGUGUCUUUGUCGAAACUUCAAAAUCGUGCCAUCAGAUCUGCCAGGGCGUUUAUUGUCAGAGUACCGAUGGAAAAUCAAAACGUGCUCGCUUACAACCAUAAAGAAACAAAAGAAGAAUUUAAGAAAGGUUCGGGAGACAAGCCGAAGUUAGAAAUUAAAUUCGAAGAUUUAUCGCCCGAACUAAAAACCACCUACGCCAAUAUUCUAGCGGACGUUAUCAAAACUGGAUUAAAGGAAUAUUUUCGAAAAGUUGCCGUUGAUUUGGAAGAGAGCCAUCAUGAGGAGGACGAUGAUGAGGUACCACUGAAAGUUCGCAAGGAAGAAAAGAAAAAGAUGGUCGAGAAAAUAAAGAAGAAAAAAGAAGGAGUUCCUAACAGUGAAUUAGAACCGCCAAAAGCCGAAUCCGUAGAGAAAAGCGAAACUCCAAAAAAGACUUUGAUUUGAAAUGUGAUCUUAUAAUACCCAUGUUAUUU